AUGUCGUCGGCGGCACCCGCGCCCCAGUACACCCAGAACCUCUACGUGCCUACCGGUAGAAUCAAGUCCGAGAAUGGCUCUGAGCGCGGUGUCUCACCUCACCCUUCUGAUCCUUCGUCACGUUAUUCUUCUCAAGCCCCUCCUGCCAUUCACCCCGCCGCCUACCCACCUCAAGGCCUGAACAGCCUUGGCCCUGCCAUGCGCUACCCCUCGCCUUCUCAGCUGCAUCAACAGAUGCCCUUGAUUCAACAUAGCUACCACCCCGCCUCGAACGAUCCGGCAUAUGCUCAACCACCCAUGAACGCGGCCCCUCCGCCGGUCCAGGAUCAACAACCUCAGCAAGAAGGAACCCAGCGCAGCACCGGCAGCGGCCUGCCCAAGGCCUUUGCAUGCUCGACCUGUGGCAAGGGGUUCGCUCGCAGAAGUGAUCUCGCCAGACAUGGAUGCGGAAAGCAGUUCAUUCAGCGCUCUGCUCUUACAGUGCACUCUCGCGUCCACACUGGAGAAAAGCCCCACAUGUGUGAGCGCUGUGGCAAGCCCUUCAGCGAUUCAUCGUCUCUUGCGCGUCACCGCAGAAUCCACUCUGGCAAGAGACCUUACAAGUGCCCCUAUGCCGACUGCCAGAAGACUUUCACGCGUCGCACAACUCUGACGCGUCACCAAAACCACCACACCGGCACCAUUGAAGAGUCAGCCGCUGCCACCGCUGCCGCCUUGGCCUCGCGUGCCUCGAUGCAGACGCGUGGAUCGCGUUCUGAUGGAGAAGAAUACUCGGAGAACAAGUCGCCGAUGCCCACUCCCUCGCCUCACGACCGCCCUGUUUCAGUCUCGCCCGCCGGCGGUAUGAACGGUGUUGCUGCGCUUCAGCGUCAAACUUCGGACUACUACAUGAAUGCCAUGAACGGUGGUAUGACGAUGCCCCCUCACAUGCGCAACGAGAUGGCUACGCACAGCCCGCGCUCCGCAUCUCCGGCCAACUCUCAUUAUUCCAUGCCCAGCUCGGCCAGUCAAGCCCGCCAGCCAUUGACCUCCCACCCUGGUGCAUACCCUCUUCCAUCAACGUUGGAGCCACCCACUACAAACCCCCCAAGCCAGAACGGCAGCGUUGGUGGCAGCCCCCACAUGGGUGGCUCUGGCUGGCAGUCUCCUGCUCACCAAUCAAUCGGUGGAGCGCAGCAGGCCGACUACUCGUACCCUGACCCCAACACUCAGCAGUACGUGCAGAACGCUCAGAACCUGUAUUACCAGAACCAAAAUAUGCGUCGCCCUCAAAGCACGGAUCCCAUGGACCCUUACCAUGCACAACGCAUUGGCCACGUCGGCCAGGAGCUCUGGGCCCAACACCCGCAAUAA